CAGGUGACGAGGGAAUCGUUUACGGUAUAAAUCAAACAGAAAUCAAACUAAUGAUAGUGUCGUGUGAUUUGAUGCCAAAAAUACGUUCACUAAUCACUAAAAUACCGACCGUUCAGACAAUCGUUUAUAUAAAUCCUAAUAAUCUCCAGAAAGACAUCACUAGCUCUCAAGUCAAUGGCUUUCCCGACAAUAUCCGACUCCAGUCCCUGCAAGAGGUGGAGCGCACCGGCACUCAGAUGUCGGACAUUCAGUUUCAAACACCGAAACCGGAGGACGAGUUCGUUAUAAUGUAUACGUCGGGCACAACGGGUACUCCAAAGGCGGCGAUCGCCACACAUCGGCAAAUGGUCGACGGCUCGGCCAACGCCGUACUUCUCGUCGUCAAAGAUGUCAUCCAAGAGAGUCGGAGUCAUAUUUAUAUAGCAUUCCUGCCAUUGGCUCAUGUCUUGGAGCUUACCAUUGAAUUCUUCCUCUUCUAUGGGGGUGUGAGGAUAGGGUACGCCUCGCCAUUUACACUGACCGACUCGGCCCCGGGUCUGGUAAAGGGCCAAAAAUGUGAUAUAAAACUGUUGAAACCAACUGUCAUGACAUGCGUUCCUCUGGUGUUGGAUCGGAUCAUAAAAGAAGUUCACGACAAACUGAACGCCCGGACGCCCGUCUCCGUCGACUUCUUCACAUACAUAAUGGGCUACAAAUCAAAGUGGACUCAAAAGGGAUACGACUGUCAUAUUGUCAACAAUCUUGUCUGCAGUAAAGUUCAGCAACAAUUGGGCGGUCGGCUGCAGAUCAUGAUCUGUGGCGGCGCUCCACUCAACGCCACCACUCAGGCCACUAUCAAAGCGGCGCUCGAUGUGAUACUAGUGCAGGGUAUGGACUUCCAUGACCUGUCCUACGGUCGAGUGGGCGCACCUCUACAGGGGGUUAAAGUCAAGCUCAUCGACUGGGAUGAAGGCGGAUAUCACCGGUCAGAUCAGCCAAACCCGAGGGGAGAGAUACUAAUAGGCGGCGACUCAAUAGUUAUGGGUUACUAUAAACUGCCCGAACAAACACAGGAGGCGUUUAAAGUGGACGAUCGGGGCGUCCGUUGGUUUUAUACGGGAGAUAUUGGAGAGAUGUUCGCCGACGGGACCUUCAAAAUCAUUGACCGCCGAAAAGAUUUGCUUAAAUUACAAAACGGUGAAUACAUUUCGCUCGGAAAA